UGAAUGCUUAACCUCAGCUCGUGCCAAUGUAGUUCGCUAUCUGGCAGUACAAGCCUACUUGCGAUAACGGCGAAAACUCCCACUGUAAAGACGUCAGAGUUCGUCGAUUGGGUAAAAAAAAAUUGAAAAAAGUAACGACACAUACAAGCAUCUCAGCAUGACGCAAAUGAUAGCUGCCAACGGCGUGGCGAACGGAGCGUUCUCACAGCAGGCCCAAUAUGCAGUGGGACAGCCUACCGAUCGAACCGCCAAAACGCCCCACGGAGUUCCCUGCCUGCUCCUGGUGUCCAUCUUCCAGCUUGUCCUUGGAGUUCUCUGUGCCUUGCUCGGAAUCGCUGUUGUCGUCAUGGAGAACUUCAUAUAUUUACAGGAUAUCCCAUUUGGAGUGGGGUGCUGUUCUUCAGUAUAACUGGAAUUCUCGGGAUAGUCGCUGCAUGUACGAACAGAAACAAAUGCUUGAUCACUGCCUUCAUGAUCAUGUCAAUCCUGGCUUCGAUUGACGCUGGUUUGAUGUUAAUUCCAUCGAUCUGGGGUGCAGCCAUCGAGGAGUCCGAUCCAAGUUGCACAAGACAUUAUGAAAGUUACUUCUCCUACUUCUACUGCGACGUUGCCUGGGAAGCCCGCCUGGCUGUGGAUGCCGUGAUUGCAGUGGUCGCCCUUGCCGAGAUGGUAUUCGCCAUCGUCGGAUCCGCCUGCAGCUGCUACGGCCUAUCCAAAGACAUUCCCAACUCAGCUCCAGACACGGAGAUGCAGGUUCGUUAUGUGCCACAACAGCAACAGCAGCAGGCUACUCAGUUUGUUCCUGUCAUAAAUACACAGCAGCAACAGCAACACCAACCACUUCAGUUGCAAGCGGUGCCUGGACCAACGGCUGUGCCGGGAGGAUACCUGGUAAGUUCUCCUCAUAUCGGACAGGGCCUGGCUCCAACCCAGCACCUCGGGCUUGCUUCACAGCAAGCAACUCUCCCCCAACAGCACUCGGGCCGAAGCACUCCCCUGCUCAGCGUCUCCCAACAGCAUUCAGGGAGGAGCACCCCUCAAAUGGUUUACACCCCACAGCUGGUCGGUGCUGCUGUUGCUGGGCCUCCCCGACCAAUCUCGAUGAGCGCUCAACCGCAAGCUGCUGCCAAGACAGAGGAGGCUGACCGCCAGCAAUCCGGGGUUCCAGUCCAGCAUGCAUGUAGGCGCGUUGCGCAACAGAUCGGGGUUGAUUACCAACAGGAAGGCUCAAGUUCCCAACAGUCCGGAGGUGCCCUCCAGCCGGUAGGAAUGGGUCCUGGGCAAGUUCAGAUGGGAACCCAGCAGGCUGGUGUUGGGUCCACGAGGGUAGUAAUGGUAGCCCCGCAGGUAGGGAUGGGAUCCCCGCUUGUAGGGAUCGGUGCCCCACAGCUUGGUGUCCCUCCCCAGGACAUGGCUCCUCAACCACAAGGCCUUCCCCGUGUCCAACCGGACAUUGUCGCCGAAGGCCGCGACCCACAGCCGGCAACCUUUCCGGCGUCUGAUAAGAAGGAGAGGGACGACGCGGACCAAGAGUUUGAUGAGCUAGAAAUGGCCAUGGGAGGAGACGAGCAAUACGACGAUGACAAACAACUCCUCAUCGAAACAGAGUAGAUUCUGUAUUCGUAUAAUAUUUUGUCGCCACAUUGGCGUAAGUUGGGUACAUACUGGAAGGGGAAACAUAAUGGGGCUCUCAUUUUCGUUUCAAGGGGCACCCACACAAGUAGAAAAAAAUGACCAUGGCAAACUAACACCCGAUUUUUCUUUGUCUUAUAUUGUUAUUUUAGUGAGGGCACACGGGGGUGCUCAAUCAGUGAAGGGGCUAGCCGCCAAUACCAGGGGUAUUUAGGUACACCGCUGUCUGUCACGUAAUUCAGUCUUCUUGAUGCUUGUAAACACAAUCCUCAAAUGAAUAAAGGUUAUUAAAUUUUAGACCCCUUUUAAGAAUGUUAUAUGCCACCAUCAUAAAGGCUAUGUGCCAGUGCAUUGUAGAAUUUUGAACAAUAAAUGGUUCCAAAGGUCCAAUCAAGGUUCGUGUAUGAAGCUCCAGCAUCAUUGCAAUUCAUUGUAAAUAUUCGUUUACAGUUUGAGCGGACCCAUUUGUUGACGAAGUUCAAUUCCUUGUUUACUUUCAGUACGAAUGGCGUCAGUAUCUUAUUGCCUGUCUCCUGUGCCUCUUCAAACGGGCUGUAAGUGAAAAGGUUAAUUUUAAUAAUUGUUUGCAUUGUUUGUACUUCAGGAGAGCUUUCGUUGGAUCUAUCCAUCGAUUUUUACAUUGUGAAUGUGUUAAAUUCCAAAGUGCUUUUACGUAAUAAAGUGGAUUUGAAAACGGGACACUUUUUUGUAAUUGUUAAAAACGGUUAUUAAACCCGAGACUGUACAAAAUUGCUAUAUUUUCAUUUAAAAAGAAUUUACAAAAUUGCAAUAAUGAUUACUUUUGUGUAGCAUGCUUUUGUGUUCAGAUUUAUGUGUGACAUGGAGCAUUGAAGUUGAAAGAAUGAGAUAAGAAUUAGGGUUUAGAUAGAGAAGCAUAUAAAGCUAGAGCUGACAUGAUUCUUCCAAACACAAAUAUGAAGGCCGUUUACGCUGUGCAUAAUUGCCAAUCCACCAAUCAGAUGGCAGGGAUUAACAUGCAAAUCUGUACAAUUAAAGUCUGAGACCUGAUUUUGCGCACACUACACAGUAAGUUACAAAGUUUUGAAUAUUCUAUGCACCUUAACAAUUCCAUUAAGGGAACAUAAUAUGACUGUUUCAAGUGAAUAGUAUCUACCUUUGUAUUACCCAAGUCUGAUGGAGAUAAUAAAGCAUAUUUGA